AUGAAUCAGGUACCACAGGACUGCCUUCAGCCCGGAAUAAUCCUGACAGUGGGCUCGCAUGAGGUCAAAAUAAUCCAGUAUCUCACGAGCGGGGGGUUCGCGCAGAUAUACAGCUGCGAGGUGCUUUCACCAGGGCCAAUCCAGGGGAGUUUGGCGUGCUUGAAGCGAGUGCAUGUGCCGGACAAGCCUAGCCUCAACACGCUUCGCGCGGAAGUGGACGCCAUGAAGAUGCUCAAAGGACAUCGGCAUGUGGUGUCUUACAUUGACUCGCACGCGGCCAAGUCGCCACGACACGACGGGACAUACGAGGUUUAUCUCCUCAUGGAAUACUGUUUGCGCGGCGGGCUCAUUGACUUCAUGAACUCACGCCUACAGACCCGGCUCUCUGAAUUCGAGGUGCUCAAGAUCAUGAGCCAUGUGGCACAGGGCAUAAUGGCGAUGCAUGCGCUGGUCCCACCGCUCAUCCACCGGGAUAUCAAGAUUGAAAAUGUUUUGAUUUCUGGUGACGGAGACUUUAAGGUGUGCGACUUUGGUUCGGUAUCUGGAGUCAUACGGCCACCUAAGAACGCCUACGAGUUCAAUUACGUCCAGCACGAUAUUCUGAAAAACACCACUGCACAGUAUAGGGCGCCGGAGAUGAUUGAUUUAUAUCGGGCCCUGCCUGUGGAUGAAAAGUCGGACAUUUGGGCAUUAGGAGUGUUCCUGUACAAAGUAUGCUACUUCACCACUCCUUUUGAGAAGGUAGGUGAAAAUGCCAUCUUGCAGGCCAAGUUUCAAUUUCCAAGCUAUCCACAAUAUACUGAUCGUUUAAAAAAUCUAAUAAGCGUGAUGUUGAGCGAGCAUCCUGUUCAGAGACCCAAUAUUUGCCAAGUUCUAGAAGAGGUUAGUAGGAUUCAGGGAGUCCCUUGUCCCCUUCCUAAUUUCUACCUCGAAAGGAUGAAACAUGGCGCUUGCACGCCAGUCCAUCAUUCUGCUAGCCAGCCAGCUCUUCCUUUGGCAACUCACCAAUUUUCUACCUCUACGCCAAUGGUAACACAUCCGCAGCCACCAGCCAAUCAAAUGAGUCCACUUCCUCAUGGUAUUCAACCGAUUACAUCAAAUAUGGUGUACAUGAUGCACAACACCACUCCAAACAUCAAAGAUAUCCCACGCGAGAACCCAGCGGCUACGAUACAGAAAAAUGCGCUCUAUUCGAUGUCAGGAUCAGAACAUUUGAGCGCUCUAUCAUCAGAUAUGCACUUCAAUAGGCCUCAACUGGAGAACUCGCACACCUUCAGUGGUGUAGGCCCAAGGUCCUCUUCCAACCCAAUAAAAAUCCCCAGAAACGAGAUCCAAAAGUUCCUCUCGGGUACGCCUCCAACUAGUGCGAAAAAGCCUACAUAUGUUGAUUCUGAAACGCAAACAGGUGAUAUUAUCACCUCAAAUAAGUCUGGUUCACGGCCAUUUGCAAUGUCGUUAUCGCCUUUAUCAUCUCCAGAAUUAUUUUCUGAACAGAGCACAGGUAACAGUCUUCUGGGAAGAUUAAGCCGUAAAACCAUUAGGUCGCCUACUAGUGAUAAAGGCUCCAAUCCACUAAAGUCCAAAUCUAGUGUAGGAGAUGAUCUUGCUUCACUUCUAUCCUCCCCUUCUCGUAAUUUGAGUUUCCCUGCUCAGAGUUCUAAAUCAUCCAAGCGGAACAGUGCAGACCUUUCGAGCAGAAAAUCACCUGUCCUGAAUAAGAGCAGAAUUGCCAUGUCGUAUUCUGGGCCAGAGAAAUCGAGCGCAACAGGACUUGAAUCCAGCUCUUCGUCACUUUUCGGUUCUCAAAAUGGUGAACACCGUCCACCUUCUAGCACCGACCGCCAUAAAUCCAACAGUACAUCAUUCCGCUUAGUACCAACUAAAAAGGGACAAACCUCUAUCCAGGAGCGUGUUCAUAAACUAUUGGCUACGUCAGCACAGGAAGACGUGAGUAAGAAAGCCAGUAAGAAGACAACUAAUUCAGCAACAUCAGCGAAGCUAGAGCACCAAAAGGGAGAUGAACAAAGCAUAUCUACUGGGUCCAUGAGCAAAAUAGAUGCUAUCAGUAUGGAUCUAUCGUCGAUUGCUGCCGGUAACGUUUCCAAGUCCCAAUUUACCAGCGUCGAAAAUGUACUCAAAGCGGCCGCAAAUGGCAGCGUCACUGCCGGGAAAAAGCCGACUACCUCUGAAACCUCGAAAUCAGCUGUAUCCGCAAGUGCCACGAAUACCAGGAAAGCUCCAAACUCAAGUGAAAAUGCAACUAAGUUACCCAAUGUUGUUUCGCCUACCAAACGUGCCAAUACCGUUGAAACCCCUCAGAGAUCGCCAGCAGACCCCGUUUCAGCUAAGGUAGCCAGUAGUAUGGACAGUAAGACAAAGGAUAAAAAGCAACCGCCUACGAAGCCUCCUAAGCCGGCACAUCUGAGGCCUAAACUGCCUCCAAAACCCAGUCAUUUGAAGUCUCCAUCCGUCGACAAGAAACGUAUGUCAAAGGACGCUAGCACACUCAUUAGUGAGUGCUAG